UAAUGCGCACGUACACAUGUGGCUGAAACUAUUCUGCUGGUUCUGUUCCAUAAAUGUUCUUAACACAAGGGAUGUGCUUGUGCAUCGUCGUUUAGGUUCAUGGUUCGCCUUUAUGACUUGACGUGUCGUGGUGGACGUGUGUGAUUAGACUGAUUCUGUCGGGUGCUCUGCGAGACGUGCAUUCUGAGAUAGACUGCGGAACAGUGCAGACGGUUCUUCUGGAGACCCACCCGGUUGGAGAACAAUUCGGAUUGACAAUCGGAAUGUCGUCUGUGCUCGGCGUCGUGGCCAAGCAGCUUAAAAGCCAUCCCGCUCUCAUUCCUCUGUUCAUCUUCAUCGGUGGAGGGGCGACCAUGAGCGCGAUGUACCUGGCCCGCCUAGCCCUGAAAAACCCCGACGUCUCAUGGGACCACAAGAACAACCCAGAACCCUGGAACAACCUGGACCCCAAACAUCAGUACAAGAUGUUUACAGUGAAUAUGGAUUACUCUACUUUGAAGAAGGACAGACCUGACUUCUAAACAUUUCUGCGACCAAAAAAAAACAUUCUAAAUAAAAAAAGCACUUAAACUAAUUGAAACGAGUUCAAUAAAUGACUCAUGUUGUGUGCAUGCGGGAUCCUUCCCAGAUGAUGAUUGGCUUGUCUUUUAUAUUGCAUAUUAUUAGAGAUCAUGUUAAUGACAUUGUCAUGAGUUGGACAUUUUCGAUCCAAAGGUUCAUUCUAAAGAUUGACUGUUCAUUCGUAUAUGCAGAAGGUCAGAAAUGAACUACAUAUCCCACAGCUGGCUGUCGUGAAUCACGAAUAAACUACAUAUCCCAGA